AUGCCGGCCUUCGACCUCGGCGACCCGCGCCUACUCGCGCAUCAGCUCUCACCCCGCGAGUACGCAGUAGCCAAGGCGACGUAUUCGCAAAACGGCCCCAGCUACAGCAAAACGGGACCCAACCAGCCCGCCGCCAUCGCGGUGUCGGCGGCCGUUGGGGCCUUGGGACUCGUCGCGAUCCUGUGGGUGGUCAUCAUACGGAUCCGUGACAGGCGGAGGAAGGAAGGCGAGGCGGAGGCGGAGGCCAAGAUGAGCGCGGUCGCUCGCUCGACUGCCACGUCGGCUUCUGGGCACGAUACUCCACAACGAGGAGGGGAAUAA